CAGAGAGGUUGUCGCGUAUUGGAUUUCAUUCAACAAUCGCUCAUUUUACGUUUUGACGCAUCGAUCGCCUUGUGGAAAGUUGCAGAGACGUUAAUCCGGCAGAUCGACACUUUCCUUAUCGAUCUCUUCUUUAUGUAAUUCACUUUCGCCACAUCAUCCGAACAGCAUCUGAUCUGACCUCCAGACCCAAACUGGCGAUAGCAAGAAGGCUGUGGCUUUGUGAAGUUCUAUACAGCAGCUUCCGCUGUCUAUGUGACAUUUAAGCCGCGCGAUAUGUGGUCGCGAAUGCACGAGAAUGGCUUAACUGAUCGCCUUCGUUCUCUGUAAUCCAAGCAUUCUUCGUUGAGCGGCUUGUUUGUUUAGAAGUGCUAGCCAAGAACGCAAAGACAGAGUUGUCAAGGAAAGGAAAACAGCUUGCGUAAAGGCUGCCUUUACACUUGAGCUGGGAACUGUUUAGAAACAAUAGGUUAUCUUUGUGGUGUAAUCGGUGACUUGACAGGCAGUAAUUGUCCGAGUGAUUGGCGUGCGCCGAGCUUUGCCUCGAGUGAAAUGAAUUCUCCGCUACUGGUCAGUGAAAUCUUGGGUGACCUGAACUAUCCACUUAAUUUUACGAACUGAAAGGAUCACAAAUAUUCUUGCUGGCGAUCGUUCAGGCUUCUAACACUGCAGUUUGGACGCAGGAGAAGCGCUGCGCGCAGCUGUGCUUGUUCAGGAACGGAAAGGCCCUUGGCUGAAGAAUGUGUUAUACCAAAACGGUUUCCUUGGAAUUUAUUCUAUCCCUGUUUGUGGUUGUUCACUGCAAAGACCCCCCUGUACUUCUUGCACCAGUAAAGCCAUUGUAUACGGUCCAUGAAGGACGAAACGUCAAAUUACGUUGCAAGUUCUCCGGAACAAAGGAUCCCCCCGAGAACAGGACCUUAACAGCGUGGCAAAGGCUUCCUGAGGGUAUGGUCAUCACCAAAAAGUUUCCGCGUUUUAGGACGAGGCUCGAAUAUUUGAAAAUAAAAAAGGUGCAGCCUUCGGACGAGGGGUUGUAUGCCUGUAUCGCUCACAAUUCUUUUGGGGUAACCAGACAAGAAAUCCGACUCGUAGUCAGAGAAUCAAACAGAAGUAUCAUCACAAAAAAAGAGACACCCAGUCCUACCCCGAUCACAUCAGUGCCAAGCAUCACUGCUAGAGAGCCGUCCAUUAAAAGUACAACCGACCGACCGAGAAUACCUUCUAAAAUACCAUUAAUGGAGUACCCACCAAAGUUCAAGGGUCCACCCAAAAGUCGCGUUCGCUUUCUAGAAUACGUCAAAGGUCACCAUAUUAGACUCAAAUGUCACGCAACAGGAGCGGUUCCCCUAAAUGUCACGUGGGUAAAGAAUAACAAGCCUUUGAGCCGCACUCACCGGUCGCACCUGAAGGCAAAAGGCUGGGUGUUAGGCUUUAAGGCAUUGACCAAUGAUGACGCUGGAACUUACUCUUGCACUGUGCAGAAUGCAUAUGGUAAAAUCGAAAAGACAUUUAUUGUCACAGUUGUUGAGAAUGGAAUUAAUAUUCCUCCCGAAAGGAAACCAAAGAUUUUAAGGCACUUUCUGAAGAACGAAACAGCUAUGGAAGGUGAAGACGUCAAGUUUGUGUGCUCUGCAGUAGCUAGGAGUCAUCCUGAUUUUCACCUUCUCAAAUGGAAACAACCCAGCAAUGUUUCGAACGGCACCGAUCCAUUUGACUUUGUUGACUUCACAAAGUCAAAGUACCAAGAGAUACGCGAGACUGCCAAGCAGCACACGGGUAACCGUAAACUUUAUACUCAUCGUUUUAUUGUCAGAAAUGUCACUUUGGCGGAUGAAGCCAGGUACACAUGCAUGGUGGGGAAUUCCGCUGGUUAUGUAUCCCAUAACGUGUUUCUAACUAUCAAGACACACGACGAUGAAGAAGUAGUCUUUGGUGGCAUGGGGAGGAAAUCUCCAGCACCACAAGAAGAUAAAGAAAUAUAUAUAGAGGAAGUUCCACUGGCCGCUUUAAUUGGAGUUCCAAUCGCCGUGCUUAUACUUUUAAUUGGAACAAUUGUAUGGUGCUAUUUCAUGACAAGAAAGCAUCACGCUCGUCAACAAUGGGCCAAUGAUACACUAGAUAAGAACCCAACAGCCAACGACGUAAUAAAAAAGGACUCACCGACGCAAUUAUACGCGCCGAAAAAAGUGAAAGAAGAGAUACGGAAUGUAAGUUUUAACAUUUAUGUUGACUGUCCGAAUGACAGACUUUCUCACACUGAGCAACAAUCAAGGACACACAUGGAGAGUGCAUUGUCGCACGAGAAGUGUGAUUCAUCGCGUGUGAAAUGUGAUUCAUCGCGCGUGAGAAAUGCACGAAAUCACAAAUGCACGAAAUUAAAAGAUCCGCCAUUGGACGGUCUUGUUGUUCACAGUGAACCUUCAAGAACUCAUUCAAACAGAACAGAGCACCGUAAGCGCCACGAAGAACGUGGGCUCGUACGCGAUGAAGCCAGCGGAUUCAAGUCCGAAAUAAAAUGUUCUGGUGUAUAAAAAGCCUGGAAAGGUUUUAAUAUGCUAGUUCUUCGUAAUAUGCGACUAGAUAAAACGGCCCACUAGCCAUCGCCUGCAAUACCUUAAUUCGGUUUCAGCGGCGCUACUUAAUCCGCGCUUGCCUUUCGUAACGGUCAAACGGUAACAGAAGAAUUGAAACAAACACUAACCACAUUGCUGGUAAGGCAAGAGUGACGACUGGCCAAAGUCAGGAGCUCUCAAUGUGUCCAGAGUAAUUAUCACAGUAUUCACUUUCGUAUUAUUCCCAUUUCAAAGUUUAUUUAUAACCUGAAAGCAAACAGAUCCCGACGCUUAUGAAAUAAGGGUGGCUUUCUUUUAUUCGGUAACCCCACUUUUGGGGCCUAAAUACAGCACGUGUAAACUGUCGAAUAAAAAAAAAUGAAUGACAACACUGGAAUAAAAUGUC